CUCCCCUCUGACUACACUGUACACACACUCUCUCCCCUACCUCACACACACGGACGCCUGGACGCUGCAGCGUUUUUAAGAGAGUGUUUCCAUCCCUGGACAGGAGGGAGGAGGCAGGAGGAAGGAGAUAAUGUCCAAAUCCUGACCGUAUUAAAAAAAAAAGAAAAGAAAAGAAACACAAAGAAACAACACAUCGGAUGGAUCGGCGGUGUGUUUGCGAGCGCUAAAACACGGUCAGAGUGUCAUUGCAGACAUGGGUCGCAGCGGUACGGCACCUUUCGCUCAGCUCCUUGGGGAGUGUUUUCACUGUCAGUCCUUCAGCGCUGGAAAUGGCGUUGUGAUGCUGAGCAUGGAAGACGCAGCGGAGGCGGAUGCCAGGGAAUAAAGAAAUAUAUGAUCACCUGUGCUUUUCUUUGGGUUGGAUUUUUAGUAGCGGUGGACAGUACCAUGGUGAAUUACCAGAAAUACAUUACUGUUAUGCAGCUGGCUCUGGGGGUGACCGCCUCCAACAAAGAACAUUGUCUUCCACCCAGGAAGCGUAUGUGGAUACACCCCAGCCCGACCGCUGGCUCCGUCACAGCAGCAUCCUCAUCGAGCACCAAUCAGGGCAAACCAUCACUCCGCCGCAUCAAGGGCCGCAUUCACAGGAGCAAGAGCCUGGACAGCAUUGAUCUCCUUGACUCCAAUAGCGCAGCAAUGGAGGAGACUGUCAUUUGGGAACAGCACACAGUAACACUACACAGGGCACCAGGGUUUGGCUUCGGGAUAGCCAUAUCAGGAGGUCGGGAUAACCCUCAUUUUCAGAGUGGCGAGACCUCCAUUGUCAUCUCGGACGUGCUGAAGGGAGGCCCGGCAGAAGGCCUGCUGCAGGAAAAUGACAGAGUUGUUAUGGUCAAUGCUGUCUCCAUGGACAAUGUGGAGCACGCGUACGCAGUCCAGCAGCUUCGUAAAAGUGGGAAAAUUGCCAAAAUUACAAUCAGACGAAAGAGGAAGGUGCAUGUCCCCAUGGGCCGCCUAGGGGAGAGGGAAACUAUGUCCGAGCAUGAUGAAGAAGAGGACAGCUAUGAUGAAGAGAUAUAUGAGACGCGGAGCGGACGCAGCGGCGCUUACAGCGGUGUGGGCGGGGCCAUGGGCAGGCGCAGUGGCCGGAGCAGCGGGCGAAGGGACAGGGAACGUGAACGCAGCGGCUCGCGGGAGAGGAGUCUCUCCCCACGCUCAGACCGCCGCUCACACAACCUGCCCCCACGUCCUGCAAAGGUCACACUUGUCAAAUCCCGCAAAAAUGAAGCAGAAUAUGGCCUGCGCCUGGCCAGCCACAUCUUUGUCAAGGACAUUUCCCCUGAGAGCCUGGCAGCCAGGGACGGCAACAUCCAGGAAGGGGAUGUUGUACUGAAGAUCAAUGGCACAGUGACAGAGAACCUCUCCUUGAUAGACGCCAAGAAGCUGAUAGAAAGGUCAAAGGGCAAGCUAAAAAUGGUUGUUCAGCGGGAUGACAGGGCGACCCUGCUGAACAUCCCUGACCUCGAUGACAGCAUUCCUUCAGCCAACGCCUCCGACAGAGACGACAUUUCAGAUAUCCAUUCUCUGGCAUCCGACCAUUCCAAUCGAUCGCAUGACAGACAUCGUAGCAGCCGCUCACGCUCUCCAGACAGAAGAUCUGAACCCUCAGACCACUCCAGACACUCGCCCCCACAAAUCAGCAAUGGCAGUCACAGAAGUCGUGAUGACGAACGGAUCUCAAAGCCGGCUUCAACACCGGCGAAGCUACCAGAGGAGGUUCCUCUGCCCAAACCGAAGGAGGCAGCUAUUGCUAGAGAAGAGAAACAGCUCCCACCACUCCCAGAGCCCAAGCCAGUGUAUGCUCAGCCUGGACAGCCAGAUGUAGACCUGCCAGUCAGUCCCUCUGAUGCCCCUGUGCCAAGUGCUGCCCAUGACGAUAGCAUCCUACGGCCAAGCAUGAAGCUGGUGAAGUUCAAGAAGGGGGAGAGUGUGGGGCUGCGGCUGGCUGGGGGGAAUGACGUGGGCAUCUUCGUAGCCGGAGUGCUGGAGGAUAGCCCAGCUGCUAAGGAGGGCCUGGAGGAGGGCGACCAAAUUCUCAGGGUAAAUAAUGUAGAUUUUGCAAACAUAAUCCGAGAGGAGGCGGUGCUGUUCCUCCUUGACCUUCCUAAGGGUGAAGAGGUCACCAUUCUGGCCCAGAAGAAGAAAGAUGUGUAUCGGAGGAUCGUGGAGUCGGAUGUCGGUGACUCAUUCUACAUCCGGACACACUUUGAGUAUGAGAAGGAAUCUCCGUACGGGUUAAGCUUUAACAAGGGCGAGGUGUUCCGUGUGGUGGACACCCUCUACAACGGGAAGCUGGGCUCCUGGCUGGCUAUUCGCAUCGGCAAGAACCACCAAGAGGUGGAGAGGGGCAUCAUCCCCAACAAAAACAGAGCGGAGCAGCUGUCCAGCGUGCAAUACACUCUCCCCAAAACAGCAGGGGGCGACAGGGCUGACUUCUGGAGGUUUCGUGGUCUUCGCAGCUCAAAGAGGAACCUAAGGAAGAGCAGAGAGGACCUCUCGUCCCAGCCGGUGCAAACAAAGUUCCCAGCUUAUGAAAGAGUUGUGCUGAGAGAGGCUGGUUUCCUGAGACCUGUGGUGAUAUUUGGGCCGAUCGCUGAUGUUGCUCGAGAAAAACUCGCCAGAGAAGAGCCGGAUCUUUUUGAGCUUGCAAAGAGUGAACCGAGAGAUGCAGGAACAGACCAGCGAAGUUCAGGAAUCAUUCGUCUUCACACCAUCAAGCAGAUCAUUGACAGAGACAAACAUGCUGUCCUGGACAUCACCCCAAACGCUGUGGACAGGCUGAACUAUGCUCAGUGGUACCCGAUUGUAGUCUUCCUAAAUCCCGAUAAUAAGCAGGGUGUGAAGAACAUGAGGACCAGACUGUGUCCAGAGUCCAGGAAGAGCGCCAGGAAGCUCUAUGAGAGAGCCAUCAAACUGAGGAAGAAUAAUCACCACCUGUUCACCACCACCAUCAACCUGAACAACAUGAAUGACGGCUGGUACGGAGCUCUGAAAGAAACAAUCCAGCAGCAGCAGAACCAGUUGGUGUGGGUGUCAGAGGGCAAGGCGGAUGGCACUACUGAGGAUGACCUGGACAUCCACGACGACCGUCUGUCCUACCUCUCUGCGCCAGGUAGCGAAUACUCCAUGUACAGCACGGACAGCCGCCACACUUCUGACUACGAGGACACAGACACGGAGGGUGGAGCGUACACAGACCAGGAACUAGACGAGACGUUGAACGACGAGGUGGGUCUGCCCACGGAGCCCGCCAUCACCCGCUCCUCCGAGCCUGUGCGAGAAGACCCACCUGUAAUUCAGGACACCCCUGGUUACCCUGGAUACCAGCACCCUGUGCAGCCAGACCCAGCCAGUCGCAUAGACCCUGCUGGGUUCAAGAUGGCCGCUCCGCAACAGCAAGAUGAGGCUGCUCUGCCCAUGCCCUCGUUGCCUCCGCCGGUGGUAGCGCCCCCUGCUGUUGAGCAGCCUGUACAGCUUGAGGGUAUGCACCUAGAGGAGCCGCCUGCUGCAGCCGCAGCUCCUCAGGCUGACUCACUUAGCAGCCCCAGCCCUGCCCCUGAGCUUAUUCAGCCCCCACCACCACCACAUGAACCCCACCCGUCUGGACCGCCUGGUCCAGAACCAAAGAUGUACAAGAAAGAUCUGUACAAUAUGGAGGACCCUGUGCGAAUCAACCAUGGCCUGAAGCAGUCUUUGAGCUACAGUCACCAGCCGCCGUACCAGGACAAACAGCCAUACCGCGAAUACGACCACCCGCCUUACGGAUACGAUGGAGGCGGCUACACAGAACCAAAGCCUCACAACACUGACUCUCACCUGCACUACGACAACCGUGUGCCUCAUUACAACGAACAGUGGCCCCCCUAUGACCAGCAGACCUCGUCCUCCCAGCCCGCAGGGUACCAGCCGGGCCACCAGCAACCCAUGGGCUACAACCCCCGGUCCCCCUACGAUGAUGGACCAGGGAGGGACUACAGCCCCCCUCAGCCGCGCUACGAUGAGGCCCCCUACGAUGGCAGACGACGCCUCAGUAAACCUGGGCCCGUUCGCUAUGACGAGCCCCCACCCCCGCCCCCAGCUGGUUAUGAUGCCCGCUCCCCAUAUGAGGCAGAACCUCACGGCUUCCCCAUUAAUUCACCUCGAUCGCCGGAGCCCCCAAAGCAGUAUUACAGUGACUCUGGUCUGAGGCCCAGCUUCAUUCCUGGGCCUCCAAACCGGGGCUUUAAGCCAGGGAUGCAUGACCCUAUGAUGAACUCCGAACCCACAAUUCCCCCUCCCAAACCAGAGACCCUGCCCUCUCCAGGUGAGCCAGCGAUCACUCCAGGCUCCAAACCCCUCCCUCCUCCGCCACGGGAAGACCUGGACGAGGACCCGGCCAUGAAACCACAGUCGGUGCUGAACAGAGUCAAGAUGUUUGAGAAUAAACGGUCUGUUUCUAUGGACAGGGCAAAAGAAGGAGGAGAAUCAGCAGUCAGGCCUGCAGAUGUUCCUAAACCUGUGAGUGCACCUGGCCCAGUCCUCAAAGCCAAUUCCCUCAGCAACCUGGAGCAGGAGAAAUCCACCUAUAGGGCCCCUGAGCCACAGAAGCCUCACACUAAACCCCUGGAGGAUGUAUUGCGUUCCAACCACUAUGACCAAGACGAGGAUGAGGAGUACUACAGGAAGCAGUUGUCCUACUUUGAUCGCCGUAGCUUUGACAGCAAGGCCAUGGGCCAACCCAGUCCUGGCAUCAACCGCUUCCAUGAUCUGCCCAAGCCAGCUCAACUGUCCUACCCAUACAACAGAGUUGAGUCUGUGGAGAAGGUGAGUCCAGUGGAGAAAAGAUAUGAACCCCUGCCCCAAAUCAGCCCGUCAUCACAGUACGGCCCCCCCACGUCCGCCAUCCCACCCAACACACUGCCCAAGCUCAGCCCCGGUGACGGGAACUCCAUACCCGAGCCGUUGAGUUCACCCAAUCCUAAACCCGAGCUGCCAGCUCUCAGGCCGGCCAGCAGGGACGAACCCACACCAGUUGGUUACCUGCCCCUGAGGGGCAUUCCCGACAAAUCCCCGGUCAACGGCACUGAAACAGCACCUCCAAAGACGCUGGGCGUUCCCGCUCCAACUAGCUAUAACCGCUACGUCCCCAAGCCGUACACCAGCUCAGCCCGGCCCUUUGAGCGCAAGUUUGAGAGCCCCAAGUUCAACCACAACCUGCUGCCCAACGACACACAGGUGAAGACGGACCUGCUCGGCAAGCCCAGUGUGGUGAGCAACAGCGGUGGGAAGCCUCAGCUGUCGCCACAGCCCCUGGACCACGACAGUGGCCUGGACACCUUCACGCACACUAUGGACAACAGGCCCAAAUACCAGCACAAUAACAUCAACGCCAUCCCCAAGGCCAUCCCUGUAAGCCCCAGCACGCUGGACGAUGAUGACGAAGACGAAGGACACACGGUGGUGGCAACUGCUCGGGGGAUCUUCAACUGUAACGGAGGAGUCCUGAGCUCCAUUGAGACGGGCGUCAGCAUCAUCAUUCCCCAGGGUGCCAUCCCCGAGAGCGUGGAGCAGGAGAUUUACUUCAAGGUGUGCCGGGACAACAGUAUCCUGCCCCCCCUCGACAAGGAGAAAGGAGAAACGCUGCUAAGUCCGCUGGUGAUGUGUGGCCCGCAUGGACUCAAGUUCCUGAAGCCCGUGGAGCUGCGCUUACCUCACUGUGCGUCUAUGACCCCUGAUGGUUGGUCUUUUGCUCUAAAAUCCUCCGACUCCUCGUCGGGUGAUCCCAAAACCUGGCAGAACAAAUCUCUCCCUGGAGACCCAAACUACCUGGUGGGUGCAAACUGUGUGUCUGUGCUCAUUGACCACUUCUGAAGAGGGCAACAGCUGGCCUGUUACUGAAUGUGAUAAAUCAGGGGACCUCAGUUUCCCCUGCCGCACUCCCACCGCCGCGAAGGGGCGCACACUGCUCGAUGAAGUAUGAACCUGACACUCUCACGUUGUUUACUGUGCCCAAAAAUUUAAAAAAAAAAAAAAAAAAACACACACACACACAAGGAGAGUUGGAGGAGUCCAGCAUCCCCAAACGCUGUACUCUUGUUCUUUUCUUUCAUUUUUUUUCGGUGCUUUCAAGGCUUGCAAAAAAUAAAGAUUAAAACAAGUUAUUUAAACAAAAGGAACUGAAGUUGGAAUGCAUGACCAGUGCCACAGACUGAAUAAUCUCAUUUUGACAUUUUUAGCUAAUUUUGUAAAAGGUCAGAGCGGUGCGAGAGAAACAUAAAAAAAAGGAGAAUUUUGGAAACUCAUUUAAUAUUGCAAUGGAAUUUUUGCGUACUGUAAAAAAAAAAACAAAAUAAUAUAAAAAAAAUAAAACACUCACAAACAGCAAAGUUGGUAUAUGCAAAACUUUUGUUUGUGAGUCCUGUGGUCAUGCGUUUCACUCAUGAAGGAUCUCUGAGGACUUGAGAAAUGCCGAGCCUGACUCACGAAGGAAGAGAGAUGAAAAAAUAAUAAGAAGAAUGAAGGUUAAGUAUUAGUAUCAGACGCCCGUCUGUUGCGACGGGGCUCACUCUGUUUAAAACUGAUGUUUUGUAGCAAUGUUUUACCGUAGAUAAAUAUACUGACUUGAUUUUACAAACUCCUGCUGUCUAGAGAUCUAUGCAUGUGCUAUGACUCAGGUCCAGAAGCCUGCUACUACUAAGUUCAACACAUGAAAAUCCCAUCGUACACUGCAAGCAGUGAUGCCUUAUCUGCAUAUUAACUUUUCAGUGAAACUUUAAAAACAUUGGAUCCUUCAGUUAUAGCGAUCACGACGGAAAGAAAAAGUUGUCUCUGCAUUUUCUCAUAAACAGUGAACUUGGAUUUUAGCACACGAGAAUAAUUGAGGCUGAUGAAAAGGUAUGCUUUCUUUUACUGCUAUGCAUAUGAAGUCUGAGGAAAUACAAAAAGCUAGAAGAUGUUUAAAUUGUGGCUGUACAUAUUGCUAGUAUAUGGCCUUGGUUCUCUGUAAAUGAACUUUUGUACAUCUUUGUUAUUUUGUAUAAAAGAGAAAACGUUUGUUAAAAAAGAGAAAGCGGUUACAUUGGUUAUGUUUGUAUUCUGGUUAUACCCCUGAGCCUUGGAACUGACAUAAGCAGUAAUAAGUCUGACUUUUCUACCAACAUAUACACACACACUCUACUUAAGGCAUUUUUAACAGUCAGAAAAACUUUUUAUUCUUAUUUACAAACUAGAGAAGUGCUUGGUUUAAAUGAUUUUAAAAGAUGUACUUGAGGGGGUCUGCUGUGAAGAGUGGUCCCUUCCUUUAUUUGUGAUACUGGAUGCUGUAUUGUGUGCCCUGAAAUGUAUUUUUGUACUAAUAGACAAUUUAUUAUGGCACAUCAGUACUAUUUUCUUUUGAUAUGAUAACACUGCUUCAACCCAACACUAGUUUAUUUUCCCGUGUGGCUGACAUUAUUUUUAUUUAUUUUGAUUUCUCUUCGGUUCAACUUCUUUUUUUUUUCCUUUGCGACACAUUUCUAAGUAUACCACUGUAUUAAUAAAUAAAUUCAUUUUUAAAGUAACUGCUGCUCGUAUCAGUGUGUUGUGUUGAUCUAAACUUCCAGAUGUUUUACACAUCGCCACACCCAGGCUGUUUCUCCGCCAAACGGCUCAGAGGAUUCCUUUGUGGUUUGUGAAGUUGGCGAUUGUAUUAUCAGUGUGCGACGCUGCUUCCCAAUUUAUUCCACAUGUAAACUCAGUGAACCGAGUUGUCAGGUGGACUUUUCUGUGUACGCUGAUAUAAAUCCAGCGCUGACAGUCAUUGUUUAAAGAUUAAUGGAGUCAGUGGCAUGCAUCCCGUUAGUUUGUAACCACAACAGCAUUUAUGUUCCUUAAAAAUGAAUUUCCUGCUGUUGUUUCUGGUUCACUGUCUGUUUUAAAUCAGAAUUAAGUUCCCUUUUCUCUAAACAGACAUCUUUAACGACAGAACACUCAGUGGCCAAUUUAUUAGGUACACCUAGCUGACAGUGCUGAUUUAAAUCCUACAGACUUUUAUUAAGGUUAAAACAUUCAGCUACAACAGUAAGGCUGGUAGUGUUUUCGUGUGUGUGUGUGUACGUCAUCAUGACAGAAUGCCGUCCUGGAAACACCCACUGUAAAGGGAACUACCACAGAAGCCAGUGUAACCAGUCCCAAAGACAUUAUCAUUGCCUCACCAGUUCAACUGACUUCAGCAGUUUAGAUAACAGACACACAACUGUCCUACUUUUAGUAAGACGUGCGAGCUAAACACAGACACUUUCCUUGUAAGUGGACUCAUGGCAGUGUGCAGCUGUAAGUCACGGAUAAAGAAGAAUGAAUGAAAUUCCAGAGUGAGCGCAGGGGAAACACUCUAAUAACUAUAUGGCGUUAUUUUGGCAGUUAAAAAAAAAAAGGCCUGGCAGUGGUUCACAUCGGCCUGUACAACUAUGGGGAAUCGCUUUUGUCACAGGGAUAGCGUCACACCUGUGAAAGACAGUCAUGAAACUUUACAGAUGUUUAGCUGAGACUGAAAUGAAGGAGAAGAUGGGCGUGGUCUGAGCAAGGAGGAUGGGAGUAGAGAAGGGUCCCUACACUUUACGCCCCUGGCUCACAUCUGUUUUCAGUCGCAGACCUGCGUUAUGGCUGGUGUGAUUCCAUCUCAAGAGGGACCUGUGUUGAAAGAGAGAGAGGGGAGGUGGCCUACGACACCACUUAUGACCCACCUACAAUGCAGUCUUGGGAUCCAUCCCGAGACGACUUACCACCCAUUCACACCUGGUCCCAUUUAACCCUAACAGCACACAUGAUGGCCAAGUGGGUCAACACUCACAGGUGACCUUAACGACUCUGAAACUCAGAGCUCACAUGUGACCUUAACGACUCUGUAAGGGUUCACACACCCACACAGAGUUUAAAGCCUGCGACCUCGCACCAGACCGUUAGAACUGAAGAAGCUUCUUGGAUGAGAGGCGAAGCGUCUUCAAGAGUCCAGCUGCCUACGAUAUAGCACCAAUGAUUAUCAUGACCUGGGUGACAGAGAACCCUCACGGACAUGUUUUAGAGAGGUCAAUCCAACUACAUGGUCAUUUUGGAGGAUACAGUUCAUGGUGCUGUUGAACUGUAUUACAUUACACUGACACUGAUAUAAAAGGAUGGACAAAAUAAUAGAAACACCUGUCAUAAAGCACUACAAUUCAACAGCAUCACAAACUGCAGCCUCCUAAAUCAUCACACAGUUGAAUCAACACCUCUAAAAGACUUAGGACAAUAAACUCAACAUUAUAACCUUUAUGAGGGCACGAUUAACCCUUUGUAACCUGGACCAACAGAUGCCUUUUGCAAGUAUUUAAACCUUUGAAUCUUGCUCAGUUCCAGCCUGCAGCCACCCACCGCAUGCCACCUCACCCCACCCGGCCCAUCAAAGGCCAAAAAAAGGGCAAAAAAUUGGUGCAAUUUCUUUCAAAAAUAUGGGGAAGAGGGCACUGAGCAACUUGGUAAGAAGUGUCCCAGGAGCUGAAAAAAAAAAAGAUUUAGGAAACUAUAUAUAUGAUUAUUCAAAAAAAAAUUUAAGCACUCUUUCCAGGUCAUUUUUUAUUUGUUUAUUUUUUUUCUUUCUUCUUUUUUUAAACUGACUUACUUGUUUUUAAUUUUCUUUUCUUUUUUACUAAUUUCUUGCUAAUUUUGGGCUCAUUUCUUCUUUUGAUGUUCAUUGCCUUCUUCACGUUUUAAGGAGGAGGAAAUCAAGUCAGUGUGCAGGACUUUAGCAUUAGACUACAUAACUUUAAGCUAGGUGUAUCUAAUAAACUGGCAACUGAGUGCAUUAAGCUACUCUGCU